GAGCCCGCGGGGUCGGUCCCUGGACGGCUCGCGGCUGUGGGGCCGGAGACGCCGCGCUGCUCGCCAUGGCCUCGGAGGAGCCGCUGGUGGCUGUCACCUGCACCGCGCCGGUCAACAUCGCGGUCAUCAAGUACUGGGGGAAGCGCGAUGAGGAGCUGAUCCUGCCCAUCAACUCCUCCCUGAGCGUCACGCUGCACCAGGACCAGCUGAGAACCACCACGACAGCCGCCGUCAGCAAGGACUUCACCGAGGACCGGAUCUGGCUGAACGGCCGGGAAGAGGACGCAGGGCAGCCGCGCCUGCAGGCCUGCCUGCGGGAGAUCCGCCGCCUGGCCCAGGAGAGGAGCAGCGCCCGGGACGGGGCCCCGCCCGCCCCCAGCCUCAGCUACAAGGUGCACAUGGCCUCGGCGAACAACUUCCCCACGGCCGCAGGCCUGGCCUCCUCCGCCGCAGGCUUCGCCUGCCUAGCCUACACGCUGGCCCAGCUCUACGGGGUGGAGGGUGACCUCUCAGAAGUGGCCCGCCGGGGCUCGGGCAGCGCCUGCCGCAGCCUGCACGGGGGCUUCGCGGUGUGGCACAUGGGGGAGCGCGCCGACGGCAAGGACAGCGUCGCCCGGCAGGUGGCCCCCGAGACCCACUGGCCCGAGCUGCGCGUCCUCAUCCUCGUGGUGAGCGCGGAGAAGAAGCUGACCAGCAGCACGGCCGGCAUGCAGACCAGCGUGGAGACCAGCCCCCUGCUCCGGUUCCGGGCCGAGGCCGUGGUGCCGGCCAGGCUGGCCGAGAUGACGCGCUGCGUCCGGGAGCGGGACUUCGAGGGCUUCGCCCGGCUGACCAUGAGGGACAGCAACCAGUUCCACGCCACCUGCCUGGACACGUUCCCGCCCAUCUCCUACCUCAACGACACCUCCCGGCGCAUCAUCCACCUGGUGCAUCGCUUCAACGGCCACCACGGGGCCACCAAGGUGGCGUACACGUUUGACGCGGGCCCCAAUGCCGUGAUCUUCACCCUGGACGACACCGUGGCUGAGUUUGUGGCUGCCGUGAGGCACAGCUUCCCACCCGAGUCGAACGGAGACAAGUUCCUGCAGGGGCUGCCGGUGAGGCCGGCCCCUCUCUCGGAGGAGCUGAAAGCCGCGCUGGCCACGGAGCCCGCCCCCGGCGGCAUCAAGUACAUCAUCGCCACGCAGGUGGGGCCGGGGCCUCAAGUCCUGGACGACCCCCAUGCUCACCUCCUGGGCCCCGACGGCCUGCCCAAGCCGGCUGCGUGACCGCUCGGGAGCUGGGCGCCUCUCCGGGACGGGCACCUGCGUGGGGGCCAGGCCGCCCGCUUGGGCAGCGGGCACUCUGCCGUGGCUGAGACCCGCAGCCGUCAGCACUGGGGCCCCCGAGUGCGGCCACUGUCCCCUGCACGUGCUGCUUUGCUGAGACGGGACGGGUCUGGCACGAGAGCUGCCUGUGGAGCCGCGUGUCCCCAACCCUGAGCCCGCCCACUCCAGGGCUCCAGGACAGGAGCUCAGCGGAGUCCGUCCCUCUGGGCCUGGUCGCUGUGUGGGGACUGGACUGGCUGCCAUGGAAACCCCAAGUGCUUCAAGGGUGGCAGCGAUGGUGCCUCUGCCAGACCUUGAACUCUAGCCGGGUGUGGCUGGACCGUUUCUGCAUAACUGACCAGCCAUGUGUCUCAGGGCGGGAGGCAGCUCCGGCCAGGCUGGGCGGGGGCCGCAGUGUGUGGACCACAGGAAUAAACCCAGCACUGCUCAC